AUGCCUGCCACACCUGUUAUCCAGCAAACACAAGGAAGUGAAAAGGGUGAAACAGCAAAGGCUGCCACUAAAAGCAAUAAAGAAUCAGUGAUCAGUGGAAAAGACAGAGACACAUUAAGGAAGGGUUUUUUGAGACAUUUGUUUCUGAACAGACAGCAGAUCUGCAGUUUACACAGUGAGAAACUCAAACUCUUCUGUCAGACAACCUGCGUGUUCAUCAAGCUGGAGGAGCUCAAUACAGCAAUGAAGACUUUAAGUGAAAAACUUAAACUUAAUGAAGAACAAAUCAAGUCUCAAGCUGAGCACACUGAGCGUCAGAUUAAACAGCAGUUUGAGAAGCUUCAUCAGUUUCUCAGAGAUGAAGAAGAAGCUACAAUCACUGCACUGAGGGAGGAAGAGGAGCAGACGAUGAAGGAGAAGCUGGAGGAGAUGAUGGAAGAAAAUAACAUCUGCUUUCUAAAGAAGUUUCCAGUCUCAAUGCAAAGAGUCCAGAUCUCAUCACAGCCGGAUCCACAGAUGCCUUCUGGAGUUUUGAUUCAUGUGCCACGUUACUUGAGCAACCUGCCCUUCAGAGUCUGGAAGAAGAUGCAGGACAUUGUCCAAAACACUCCUGUGAUUCUGGAUCCAAACACGGCUCAUCCACGUCUCGUCCUGUCUGAUGAUCUGACCAGUAUGACAAUGAUCGAGAACAAACAACUGCUUCCUGAUAAUCCAGAGAGAUUUGAUGAUUAUUACUGUGUUCUGGGUUCAGAGGGUUUUAACUCAGGAACACACAGCUGGGAUGUGGAGGUUAAAGAGAGUCAAUACUGGCUUCUUGGAGUAACUACAGCAUCAAACCAGAGGAAGGGGUGUGUUUUCUUUAACGCUAAUGUCUGGUUUGUGCAGAACAGAAUGUCUACACUGUCUAGUUUUGCUGUUGAACAGGAUCUUGAGCGUGUGAGAGUUGAUCUGGAUUAUGACAGAGGAACGGUGUCAUUCUCUGAUCCUGUAACUAACACACAUCUACACACAUACACAACCACCUUCACUGACACUAUCUUGCCAUUCUUCUGUUGUUCUUCCUCUUUGAGGAUUUUACCAUCCAACAGUAAGUAA